GCAAUUCUAUCCUACCACGAUGAGGCGAGGUGUGUAAGGUGUUAGGGGGGACUCAUUGAUGCCUCCUACAUCAGCCGAUACUGUAGUCUACCUGUCAUCAUCAACGACAGUGUCCUUGCACGCAACAUCAACCAACCUAAAUGUUUCCACAGUCGAAAUAUGCCGAGAAAUUGAUCUUGGAGAAUUUCGUCUCAUCAAAGACAAGGCAAAUGUUCAGCCUUUUCACUUGGCUCAAAUCACCUCAAUUAGUCAAAGAAAAUGCUCGAUAGUGGAAUAGAUAUUGAAUGUUUAUUAAGCAAGUCCGCGGUAAAAAGUCCUUCUCCCUCGUGUUUGUUGAGUUCUGAGAGCUUUCGUGGCGGGAAACGUAGCUCAAUCCGAGAAGAGACAGAGAGAAUGAGAGGGAUGAUAUAAAAAGGACAAUGUCUCGUUCAAAGGCCAACAGUUUCUCCUCGACAUCAGCUCAAACCCAUCCAAAGCCAAGCCUAAAAGAGACAUGAAUAAAUUUGGAUUGAUCUUCCUCGUGGUUGUGAUCAUUCUCUUGUCGUCCAGUCACGGACAGAGAAUGAACGGCAAUCUGUUUAAACGCGAAAAUCAAGGUUUCUACACGACACGUUUUGGACGACGAAGUGACCCAAGCAUGGCCAAGGCUCAACACAAUGAGGCUAAAAUGGAACACAUGAAAGCCAAUGAACGCGGGAUCGGUCAGAGUGUGGAAGGUUAUGAUGAUCAGGGUAAUGUGGUUCAUUGCGUCGUCGCCAGUGGAUCCAAAGGGCUUUACAUAUGCCAAAGAGAAACCGAUGAGAAUUGGGUAUUUCUGAAUUAAAGGUGAGGCAAAGAUCCUCUUGAUCCUCUUGCCGAUUGAUGAAGAACAUUCCAAACUACACUCUCAAAGGCAUCGCACGGGGAGAUCUCAGGAGCCAAAAAUAUCCCGACGUUAUCAGUUAAUCCCGGUAGAUUUGUGUGGCUCGUUUCUCCGAGGACACAUGCAUAUCCAAGACCAGUAUUUCCGAUUCAUGAUUGCUUUGUUACCCUCCUCCCUUGCUCUCUAAAACCACUUGUUUACCAUGUCUUCGCCAAUUCUAAUCUUGUCAAUAAAAAACGAAAUCAAAGGCCA